UUGGAUUUCUUACUUACUUACGUUUUACAUUUUGAAUUUUUUUGUUCAAACCAAACCUUAUUUUAGGCACAAACAAAUUAAAGGAAGCAUUUGAAGGACGCACGAAUCAAGCAUAAGAGAGAGAGACCCAACUUUAACGAAAGAGUAAAAUGAAUAAUGAUGCGAAAAAUCAUGAUUGCGAUGACUUGAAUGUGCGCUCCUCAUCUGCGUAUUUGAAUAAAAAAUCAACUACAAAUACAGCUGCAGCUGCAGCAGCAGCAACAGCAGUGACCAACACCAACAGCAACAACAACAACAGCAGCAGGAGCACAUCAACAGUCGCCACAGCCACAGCUGCAUCUCCUGCCACCAGCAAAACAACCCCAACAACAACAAGCAACAACAAUAACCAAAAGCCUAAUAGACAGUUUAACCAUAACUUGCCACGCAUCUCCACGGCAAGGAACUCCAUAGCCGCUGCAAUACUAGCCAGCAACAGCAAGGCCGGCAGUAGCAGUGGCAGUGCCAGGAAGAUAGCAAAGCAUGAGAAUCUGUCGGGAGGAGUGAAAAACAUACCAGCAGCAGCAGCAGCAGCACCAGCUACAACCAGCAGCGCCACCACCUCCAAGGCACCCUCUUCCAGUUUUUUGGCAGAGCUGAGUCAACUGAAGAAGAAGACGACAUCAGCCACAACCGGUGGUGCCUCAGUCAGUGCCACAACAGCAGGCAGACUUAAAGUUAACAAUAACAAUUCAGCCACUGCCAAUACUAACAACAACAGCAAAAUAAUGUCCGGUACAACAAGCAGCAGCAGCACGCCCACGCCCUCGCCCGCAUCAGCGACGGCCACCUCAACAACCACAACAACAACGAAUGCCGGCAGCUGUGCCACAAGCAGCAGCGGGAGUGGGAAUGGGAAUGCCGCCUUAUCUGUAACUGCCGCCGGUAGUGCAGCCAAGUUUCGUGCUGCCGUUGCCUCAGCGCCCGGACCAUCGCCGGCUGCCGCAGCAACAGCCAAUGCCAAUGCCAACGCCAACGCAACCACGUCCAGCAGCAGCAGCAGCAGCAGCUCGAAGAAGACGCGAGCCACAGUAGACGCCCUCAGACGAUUGCAGCAGCAGCAGCAGCAGAACGCAGCCUCGCCCGCCAACAACAACAAUGCCGCCGGACUGCCUGGAAGCAAGGAUUCAGCGCAUUUAAAAUUCGCCGCAACCACUUUGCUGAUGGGAGCCGCCGCCGCUGCCGUCGAUAGCAACGCUGGCGCUGCUACCGCCGCCGGGGCAUUAAGCAUGGCCCUCAAUCCUACCGUCGAUGUGGCCAAUGCGGCUGCGGUGCUGAAGCAAAAGAUAAAGGAUGCCGCCGCCGCUGCCUCAGCCUCUGCGUCCGCUUCAAACCGAUCUGCCUCGUCGUCUAUGUCCUCGAACGCCUCGUCGCUCUCCUCUUCGGUGGGAAUUGUGAAUGCCAUUUCAUCGGCGUUGCAGAACAUAAUAACACCCGAUACGGACACCGAUACCGAGUUCUAUCCCCAGCCCGUUACCACAGAUCUGUCGGAGUCUGAAGAGGAGUCUGUCUCAGAGAUCCUAUUGGCAUUCUUGUGUUUAAGGCCAGAUCUCCUGGAUGAUAUACCCGAGUCUGAUCCAGAUAGUUGCCCCCACGAAGGAGAGGUGCGCGAGGAUGAGGAUGAGACGGAGGAAGAGUCGGAGGAUUCGGAGGAGUCCGAUGGAGACGAUGAGGAGGAUGAGGAAGAGAUUGAUGUCCUGCAAGAUAACGAUGCAGAUGAUGAGGAAAUCGAUGACGAAGACGAGGAGGAGGAUGCGCCAGAAGUGAGUCCCUUCCUCCUGGAUGCGAACAACAAGCGCUCGAGUAAUCUCACCGCCCUGCUCGAGGCUGCGGCCAAUGAGAAAGCUCCCGUCCUGCGACACGCCACACACGCCAUCGAUGAGACUAAGCAGGCGCUGACCAAGAUGCGUUGUGCCAACAGCCCGCGCGACAAGAACAGUGGUUUCUCCCGCUCCCUUGUCGCCGCCUGCACGGACAACGACGUGAAUACGGUGAAGCGACUGCUUUGCAAGGGAAAUGUGAAUCUUAACGAUGCUGCCGCUUCCACCGACGACGGCGAGUCCCUGCUAUCAAUGGCCUGCUCUGCGGGCUAUUAUGAAUUGGCACAGGUACUUUUGGCUAUGUCAGCCGCGCAAGUGGAGGACAAAGGCCAAAAGGACUCAACACCUCUAAUGGAAGCCGCUUCAGCCGGUCAUUUGGACAUUGUCAACCUGCUGCUCAGCCAUAACGCCGAUGUGAACGCCCAUUGUGCCACCGGAAAUACACCACUGAUGUUUGCUUGCGCAGGCGGUCAGGUGGAAGUUGUGAGGGUACUCUUGAAGCAUGGCGCAAAUGUGGAGGAGCAGAACGAAAACGGACAUACGCCGCUCAUGGAAGCGGCAUCAGCAGGCCACGUGGAAGUAGCAAAGGUUCUACUGGACCAUGGAGCUGGUAUUAACACCCACUCAAACGAGUUCAAGGAGAGUGCCCUCACCCUGGCCUGCUACAAGGGCCACCUGGAUAUGGUGCGUUUCCUGCUGCAAGCCGGUGCCGAUCAGGAGCAUAAAACCGAUGAAAUGCAUACGGCCCUGAUGGAGGCAUCGAUGGACGGCCAUGUUGAGGUGGCGCGACUGCUUCUCGACUCUGGGGCCCAGGUGAAUAUGCCAACCGAUUCGUUUGAGUCGCCCCUAACACUGGCAGCCUGUGGCGGUCAUGUGGAGUUGGCCACGCUGUUGAUAGAGCGUGGGGCCAACAUUGAGGAGGUUAACGAUGAGGGCUAUACGCCGCUUAUGGAGGCGGCCCGGGAGGGGCAUGAGGAAAUGGUUGCUCUGCUGCUUAGCAAGGGCGCGAAUAUCAAUGCCACCACCGAGGAGACACAGGAAACGGCUCUAACUCUGGCCUGUUGCGGAGGGUUCAGCGAGGUCGCGGCAUUCCUCAUCAAAGAAGGCGCCAACCUGGAGCUGGGCGCAUCAACGCCCCUGAUGGAGGCCUCACAGGAGGGGCACACGGAUCUGGUGCGAUUCCUGCUGAAGAACAAGGCCAAUGUGCAUGCCGAGACGCAGACGGGCGACACGGCGCUCACUCAUGCCUGCGAGAAUGGACACACCGAUGCGGCCGGCGUGCUCCUGUCGUAUGGUGCCGAGUUGGAGCACGAGUCCGAGGGCGGACGGACGCCCCUGAUGAAGGCCUGCCGGGCGGGUCAUCUCUGCACCGUCAAGUUCCUCAUACAGAAGGGCGCUAAUGUCAACAAACAGACGACCAGCAAUGAUCACACACCGCUCUCGCUGGCCUGUGCCGGCGGCCAUCAGUCGGUGGUGGAGCUGUUGCUCAAAAACAAUGCCGAUCCCUUCCAUAAGCUGAAGGACAACAGCACCAUGCUGAUCGAGGCCUCCAAGGGUGGGCACACGCGUGUCGUGGAGCUGCUCUUCCGGUAUCCCAACAUCUCGCCCACUGAGCUAGCGGCGGCCUCAAGCGCUGGCCAGGCCCAGGCUGCGGCCGCUGCUGCAGCCGCUGCCGCCGCAGCUGCCGCGGCUGCGGGCACGAAUCAGAUGCGAUUGCAGCAGCAGAAGAUCCUCCAGCAGCAGCUGCAACACCAGCUACAACAGCUCAAUGCCCCGCCCGGCCUCCACGAGCUGUCGGAGGCGGCUCGAGCCUCCAAUCAGCAGCUAUUCCACCAGCAGCAGUUCAAUGCCACCGGCAAUGGUUCGAACAUUGUUGCCCUAGGCACCGGCGACUUUUUGGACGCUGGCGAAUUGCAAUUGACGGCAGCAGCCGCUGCCAGUGCCACUGGAAGCGAAGCAGGAGCCGAGGAAUACGGUGGGGUCUCUGGUGGCGUCGGUGGUAUAGAUCUAACUACUCUGGGAGCCCAGCAACAGGAGGGACUCAUUGCGAAAUCGCGACUGUUUCAUCUACAGCCAGGCUUUGAGCAGCAGCAGCAGCAACAACAGCAGCAGCAGCAACAGCAGCCAGCGGCAGGGCAGAAUCAGCAACUUGUGCCGUGCAAGCAUUUCGAUCUGGAUAUGGAGCACAUCAAUUCGCUGCAGCCGCCACAGAAGGCACCGCCAGCGCCGCCUGUGCUGUUCCACACGAUUUGCCAACAACCUGUGCUGCAUAUGCAGCAGCAGCAACACGGGGAACAGCAGCAACAACAGCAACAACAGCAGCAGCACCAGCUACAACUGCAUGCCCAGUCGAAGUUGAAGGGGGCGCUGCCCGGCAGGAAUCGUCCGCUCAAGAGCGAAGUGCUGGGCAUCAUCGAGUGUCCGUUGGAUCAUCUGAACGAGCAGGUACGCUCCCAGCCACUGGGAGAAGACGGCAAAUCCCAGCAGCCGCAGUUCUCAUGCACGGGCGAGGAUCCACGUUUGCAGCGACGACGGGGCUUCAUGCCGGACCUCAAAAAGGGGGAGCUUCCUCCAGGAGAAGGCGGCAGCGACACCAACGAACAGUUGCCUGUGAAAGGAGGAGCCGAAAACCAUCAGCAGCAGCCCGCACAGACGACAACGCAGACGCCUGCGGAUAACAGUAGCGUGACAUCCUGUUCGCAUCCCAUAUAUCCACCGCGACCUGGUGGACCCAUUACACAGAUUUCGGAUGUUCUCCAGAGCACAGCCAUUAGCGAUAGGCCAAAGGUGAAGGCCACCAACAAGAACAACCGAAAGCAAGCAGCCGCCGCAGCGGCAGCAGCAGCCGCAGCAGCAGCCGCCGCAGCAGUGGCAGCCCAGCAUGCGCUACCCAAUCUCCAGCAGAAUCAAAUGGUGUCCAUCUACAACAAUUUGCAAAUGCAGCAGACGCAUCUGCAAUUGCAGCAACAUCUUCAGUUGCAUCACCAGCGUGUGGCCUUGGACAAUGCAGCCGCAGCAGCAGCAGCCGUCGCAACUAAUCCAAAUCUCUACACCAAUUCCCCGGCCUCACCGCUGGCCUCGCCCACAGGAGGUGGCAAUGGCAACGGCAGCGGCAGCGGCAACUAUUCCGAACAGCAGCAGCCAGCUCAGCAGCAGCAGCAGCAUCCAGGAGGAGCAACCAUGGAUGUGGCCAUGCAGCGAAAGACAGCCAUGGAGGACUUUCGUGGUCUGCUGGAGACAGCUGUGAAUGGAUCGCGGGGCAGGAAUGAAUUGGCCAUGACUUCGCCACCGUUGAACUUCUUCAAGGACGGCUGGCACAUGGUGGGAGUGCACAAUUUCUUUGGCGAUCAGCCAAAGUCGCCCACCGAAACGCCGCCUGAAAUGGAGGAGACGACCAUGUCGCCGCCGCAAUCAUCAUCGGAGCAGCAGCAGCAGCACCACCACCACCACCAUCAGCACCAGGGCGAGGACCCGCAGCGUCCCGAAAUGAAGAAUCUAGCCACACUUUGUUCAGCAGCAGCAGCGGCCGCUGCUGUGGCAGCAGGCCACAGGGAUGAAGAUGAAAUCAGUACAGAUAUAUACACUGAUGAGGACGAUGCUAUGGGCGAUGAGAAUACGAUGCCGCCAGAGCCGAUGGAUUUGGCUGAAGCGUUGCGCGAGGAUGGCAUCAUUUUGGUGGAGGCCGAACGGGAGGAGGAUGACGAGGAUGAGCCCGAGGACAGCAACAGCGGGGAGAUUGAGAAGCUCACCUACGACGACGACGACGAAGAAGAUGAAGAUGAUGAUGAUGAUGAUGCGGAUAUGGAUCCAGAUGGGGAUGCAGAUGGCGAUGUUGAUUAUAUUGAUGACGAUGAGGGCCCUGCCGAUGAGGAGGACGAGGACGAAGACGAUGAUGAGUUCUUUCUGCAUGUGCCCGUCAAUGAAAACACUGGAAAUAUCAAUAAUAAUAAUAUUAAUAACAACAACAACAAUUCGAAGAGCAGCGGCGGUGGCAGCGGUGGCGCUGCUGCCUCCUCCGGUUCAUUGCCACUAAAGCAACGGAAAAUGGCAACACGAUUGGAGAAUCUGAUUCUAACCAAACCAGAGAUCUUCCAGCAGACGCUGUGCGAUUUCCGUCAAGAUAUGACCAACUCGGAGCUGGUCCAUGUCCUGCCACAGAUUAGCAAUCUCAAGGCGGCCGCCGCCAACAAUGCGGCAUUGAACAGUGUGCUGCACCAGCAAUUGGCAGCAGCCACAGCAGCCGCACAGGCCAAGGCGGCAGCAGCAGCAGCAGUCCACCAGCAUCAGCAGCACCAGCAGCAUCAGCACCACCAGCACCAGAAGCAUCAGCUGCACCAUCAGCAUCAGCAUGGAGCAGAUGGCGACCAGCAGCAGCAUUGCGAUGAUGAAGGAUGCGCUGGGGUGGCCAGUGAUCUAUACUCGGGUCUGGAGCAGUUUGCCAACGAUGGGGAAAUGGAGGACAUAUUCCAGUCUAUUUUUCAAUCGGAACAGGAGCUGGCCAGCAGCUUGAACUACCCCGAGUUGGCCGAAUUCAGCCUGAAUCAGAUGUGCAAGGGUAGAUUCGCGGGCCAAUGGGCGACGUCGUCGUCGGGCAAGUGGACAACGGGCCAGGAUGGUCAGCUUGUGGGUGUGGUACGCUCUGGGGAUGGAAUGCCCCAGGAUGCGGCUGCUGCACAGCGUCAGGCGAAUCUUGUUGUAUUGGAUUAUCCAAUGCAACAGAAUAUACUGGAGGCCGAGGAGCAUAUGCACAUGCAGCAACACCAGCAGACUCCUUUGUCCCUGCUACCCUUUGCCACGGACGAUCAGCAACAGCAGCAGCUACAUCCGGCCGCCGCCGCGGAGUUCCACCAGCAGCAACAGCUCGCCUUGGAGGCCGAUCCCGAACUGAAGCAACAGCUGCAGCAGUACUCGAAUGCGCGCAUCAUCAAGGCGGUGGCUGCCCAGCAGCAGCAGCACCAGCAGCAACCGGCCCCCAACUUUGUCUACAACGUGGAGAGCGGCGACAAGAAUGCACCGCCCGUGCAGCUGCUCUUCCAGCUGCCACCAAACAUGUCUCAGGAGGCUGGCGAUCAUCAGUUGCAUGUCGAGCAGCAGGCGCAUCUCUUCCAGCAGCAGCAACAGCAGCAGCAUCGGGCAGCCGGUCAGCGUCCCCCCACCCGGACUGAACUAGAGCAGGUGGCCCAGGAACUGCUGCUGCAGAGGCAGACAACUCCGGCUGGCCAGCAGGCACUGCCACCCAAGCAGAAGCACUUUAAUUUGCAAGAGCAGGUGCAUCUGCACCAGCCCCCGAACAUGCAGGCGCCCACCUGUGUCCAGCAUCAGGUUGGUACGCAGACGCAUCCUGCCUCGGUUAUGGUACCCCAAUCCGCCGUUGGCCAGUAUGCGCAGUUUGCCCUGCAACCGCCCCAGCAGCAACAACAGCUGCAGCAGCAGCAGCAGCAACAGCAACAACAACUGCAGCCUGGACAACCGCAGAAUGAGCUCUCCAUUUGGCCCAUGGCCACGCCCACACCGACACCCAGCACUGGAGGCAAGUCGAUGCCAGGAGGCAUUGCAAAGAAGGCCAUUGACAAGCAAUCGCGCAAGGAUCGACGCUGCUCAACCUUCCGUCAAACGCCAGCAGGCAGUCAAGUGAAUACCAAUCAGCAUCAACAGCCGACAGCAGCGGCCGCGGCCGCCCAACAGCAGGCGCAGCUGCAGAAUCAACUGGCUGUGGCUGCUGCAGCCACAGCGAGCGUUGAUAAAACGAUUGAGAUUGAUUCGGAGACCGAGUCGAACCAUGACACAGCCCUCACACUCGCCUGUGCCGGCGGUCACGAGGAGUUGGUCGAGCUGUUGAUCAAUCGCGGUGCGAAUAUCGAGCAUCGGGACAAGAAGGGAUUCACACCGCUCAUCUUGGCCGCCACCGCUGGCCACGAGAAGGUCGUGGACAUACUGCUGAAGCAUAGCGCCGAGCUGGAGGCCCAGUCGGAGCGCACCAAGGACACGCCGCUGUCGCUCGCCUGCUCGGGCGGACGGUACGAGGUCGUCGAACUGCUGCUCAGUGUCGGGGCCAACAAGGAGCAUCGCAAUGUCUCCGAUUACACGCCGCUCAGUCUGGCAGCUAGCGGGGGAUAUGUGAAUAUCAUCAAGCUGCUGCUCAACCAUGGGGCAGAGAUCAACUCGCGCACCGGCAGCAAGCUGGGCAUCUCCCCGCUCAUGCUGGCCGCAAUGAAUGGCCACACGGCGGCGGUUAAGCUGCUGCUCGACCAGGGCUCCGAUAUAAAUGCUCAAAUCGAGACAAAUCGCAACACGGCCCUAACGCUGGCCUGCUUCCAGGGCCGGCACGAGGUCGUCAGCCUGCUGCUCGAUCGCCGGGCCAAUGUGGAGCAUCGGGCAAAGACCGGUUUGACGCCUCUGAUGGAAGCCGCCUCCGGUGGAUACAUUGAGGUGGGACGCGUGCUGCUCGACAAGGGAGCGGACGUAAAUGCAGCGCCGGUGCCCACGUCCAGGGACACGGCCCUCACCAUUGCCGCCGACAAGGGCCAUCAGAAGUUUGUGGAGCUCCUGCUGUCGCGUGGGGCCAGUGUGGAGGUGAAGAACAAGAAGGGUAACUCCCCCCUAUGGCUGGCUGCCCACGGGGGUCACCUGAGUGUCGUGGAGCUCUUGUACGAUCACAAUGCGGACAUUGAUUCGCAGGAUAACCGAAGGGUGUCCUGCCUGAUGGCCGCCUUCCGCAAGGGCCACACCAAGAUCGUCAAAUGGAUGGUGCAGUAUGUGUCGCAGUUCCCCUCGGACCAGGAGAUGAUACGCUUCAUUGGCACCAUCAGUGACAAGGAGCUGAUCGACAAAUGCUACGACUGCAUGAAGAUCCUGCGCAGUGCCAAGGAGGCCCAGGCCGUCAAGGCCAACAAGAAUGCCUCUAUUCUGCUCGAAGAACUCGAUCUGGAGCGCACCCGCGAGGAGAGCCGCAAGGCAGCCGCCGCCCGGCGGCGCGAGCGCAAGAAGAAAAAGAAGAUGGAGAAGAAGGAGGAGAAGCGCCGACAGCAGCAGGGCGGUCGCGGUGGUGGCGGUGACCAGCAGGGCGAUGACGAUGAUGCCAGUGACAAGGAUGAUGAUUCCGACAAGGAUGACGACGAUGAAGAGGUCGGAGCCGAACGGACAGGAGCCGGUGGUGGCUCAGGGGCACGCGAGGAGGGUGACUCUGGCAUUGAUCAGGGAUCCUGUUCGAGCGGCGACACCAAGACCACGGCCACCAGAACAACCACGGCCGGUCAAACAGCAGCAGCAUCUAAGGCCGAAGCCACCAACAGCCAACUGGUGAAGAAAAGCAAGAAGCAGCCAAAGAGCAAGAGCACUACAGUGUCGGCGUCGGCUGUUGAAUCAUCAACGCCUGCCACAGCCACAGCCACAGCUCCAGCUGCUGCAGCUACUUCUCUGACAGCCGCGCCUCCUGCCUCUGCCACACCUGCAUCGGCAGCAGCAGCAGCAGCACCCGCAACCGUAUUCAAGAGCAGCGUCUUGAAGAAACAUCCGAUCACCGAGAGUGUUAGGCUGCCGCCUACUCCGGUCCAGGUUCAAACUCAGACUCAGGCCCAGGCUACGCCGGUCCAAGCAGCUCCAGUGAAGCGUCAGGUGGAGGUUUCCAAGAAAGAGGAGCUGCCCCUGAAGAAGAAGGAGCCCAGCAGCAACAGCAGUUCCUCCGCUAACAACAAACGCGAGAAGGAGAACCUCGCGCCCAAGGAGUCAACGGCCCAACAGACGGCAACAAAGCAACAGCAAUCCACAAGCAGCGCCGCUGCCCCCAAACUGCAGAGCAGCGAAUCAUCCACCAAUAUAGCGAGCAGCAACCGCAAAGAGAGUGCCACAAAGCCAUUGACAUAUAGUGUCGGUGCCAGCCUGAACCCCAGCGUGAAGCGCAGCGAAGUGGACGGCUGGAAGGAAGUUGUGCGCAAGAGCAGCACACAGCAGGUGGCAGGAGGUGGUGGUGGUGCCCCAGUGACGGUGACGGCCACCAGUUCGGCCACCAGCCUGCAUGGUGGUGCCCAUCAUCUGCAUCUGGCCAACAGCUCGACAAGUGUAGGCUCCCUGACGACCAUAACGACAUCGAUAGCCCCCGAGAUGACCUGCAAGAAGGUGCAGGUGCCGGUCAAUGCCAUUUCCCGUGUGAUUGGCCGCGGCGGAAGCAACAUCAAUGCCAUACGCGCCACCACCGGGGCCCAUAUCGAGGUGGAGAAGCAGGGGAAGAACCAGUCGGAGCGAUGCAUUACGAUCAAGGGAUUGACGGAUGCCACCAAGCAGGCGCACAUGCUCAUCCUGGCCCUGAUCAAGGAUCCCGAUGUUGACAUCCUGCAAAUGUUGCCGCGCAUCAACAGCAGCAUCAAGGCGGCCGCCUCCGCAGGCGCGGCAGCAGCAGCCCCCAUGACAGUCGGCACUUGGGAUAAUCGUACGGCUGCCGGUGUUUCGGCAGCCCCCUCGGCCAGUACCUUCUCCUCGGCGGCAUCCACCACAUCCACGUCGUCCAGCUCAUCGGCCAGCUCCACCACAGCGACGGGCGCCGCCUACAGCAAUGCACACAAGCAACAGCAGCCGUCAUCGAAGGCACAAAGUGGACGGGUCUCGUCGUCCGCCAAAGCGAAUGGCGGCGGCAGCAAGGCUUCCACCUCGCUCUCGACCUCUGGCUCUCGCGGACAGAACGGCCGGGGUGGAUAUGCGGGACAGCAGGCGACCUCCAGUCGGGGAGGAGGAGGAGGUACCUCCUCCAAUGGUGUUCUCUUAAAGAGCAGCAAGGAGAGCUCCUCGGCCAAAUCGCUGCCAGGCACACAGAAAAACAGCAGCAGCUCCUCUGGAGCUACCGCUGCUGCUGCGGGCAAGCCGUCGUCCACAUUGACGGCCCAAAACUUUGCCAAGGCAGCGGCCAUUGCCGCUCAUUCAUCACCCAAGAAGGUGGACACUGGAGCGGCGGCUGCAGCGGGUUCGGUCAUUGCAUCGACUGGCGGACGUAGCAGUGGUGUGGUGGCACCCUUUGGUCGUGGAAAACCCGUAACCGGCGCCACAGGAGCAAACGUUUCGCAGCUGGGAAGCGCCGCAACCAGCAACAUAUUGGCUGGACCAAUUGGCACCUUCAACGUGGCAGAUGUGGCGGCGGUGAAUGCCGCCGCGGCAGUGGCGGCCGCUGGAACGGUUGGAACCACAGCCAACAGCAUCAGCAACAGCAGCAAUGUGAAACCCAUUGCCCCGCCAAACAAGAGAAUCGGCUCCCCCACACAGCAGCAGCAGCAACAACAGCAGCAGCAACAGCAGCAAUCCCAGGCACCAGCACCUCAGCCUUCAGCAGGUCCUGGACUGCUGCAGCAACACCCACAGCAGCAGGGGCAGCAGCAGCAGUCACCACAACAGCAACCGGCACAGGCGGCAACAUCCCAACAGAAUCUGGUGAUCAACACCAACAUGCUGAUGGCCGAUCUGAUGGCCGCCAACACAGCAAGCGAUAGCUUCAGUGCACAGCUGGCUGCCAAGCUCUCGAGUGCCUAUUCUUUGUUCAGCGACUACCAGACCUCCCAAUGGGGGAAACUAGAUCAAGGAACAGCCGGUGGGGCUGUGGGGGAUGGCCUGCCGCAGGCUGAUGCCUCCAAGGCGCCUGGCUACAACAGAAAUAUACUGAGCUCUCCCGUCGGCAGUUCCAAGGCCUCGUCGAAUCAUUCGACCUCGCCACCGGUGGGCAAUGUGGUCCAGCAACAGCCACAGGCACAGGCACAGCCCGGACAAGGACAGAACAACAAUCAGCAGCAGCAGCAACAACAACAACAACAGCAGCAACAACAGCAACAGCAGCAGAGUGUGCAGCAGGCAUUGAACAUAAUCACCAGUGGAGCGCCAUCAACAGCGCCAGCCAGGUCGCCGUUGGUGACAGCCGGCGAGGGAAAUCCCACGAGCGUUGGACCCUCGAUUAAUGGCGAGGCGGCAGCUGGUGCCGCGCACUCACCGGGAGUAAUCAAGCCGCCGCCGGGCACGGUUCCCAUCCAGAGACACGUCCCCAUGCAAAUCUCUGCACCAGAAGCGCCGCCCGCUACGAGUGGAAUCAAUUUCGGGGCCAUCGGCUCGAAUGCUGGCGGAAGCAGUGCAGCAGCAGCUGCGGCCGCUGCAGCCAUGAUCGAUCGCCAGCAGCAGAAUCUGCAGAGACUUAUCUACGACAAGGUGGGUGCGUCACAGCAACAGCAGCAGCAACAACAGCAACAGCAGCAGCCGCUCAACUAUCCCAUGGAUCCCUCGGCGUCGCACUACAUUGUGGACAGCAACAACAUGCUGCGGCUUAAUCCACGCGCCUCCGUCUUCACACAGGGUAAUAAGCAGCAGCAGCAGCAGGCACCCAGCGUCGGCGGUGGCGGCAUGAAUCAGCCACCAAUCAAUCAAGGUGCUGGCCAGCAGUCGAACAUGUUCGGCAACCAGAUCCGGCAGCCUCCGGGAGCGGCACGCCAGCCCGGCGGACCGUCGGCCACCGCUGCUCCACAGCGCUGGUAUGGCGGGGCUCUGGACUAUCCCUCGUAUUCCGGACGCGAUAUGCUGCAUCUGGAGAACGGAGGAGUCAUGGCUGGACUGGGCUCGCCCUCUGCCAUGUCACCCAACCACGAUGACAUACGCAAGAUGCCGCGACCAAUCGGCACCGAGCGGGCCGCCUCCUGGAAGUUCAACAACUUCAAUGUAGCCGCCUCUGCACUGAGCAUGGACGAUGUACUGCCGCCGUGGGCGCACGAGCCCAAGGCUCAGCCGCCGGGUCUGCAGCAGCCGCCUCCACCCCAAUCGCAGCAGCAGCCGCCCAAUUGGUUGAAGCAACAGCAGCAGCAGCAACAACAACAGCAGCAGCAACAACAGCAGCAGCAGCAAUACAGGCCCUACAACAAUGGACCAUAUCCGCAGCAGCAGCAGCACGAGCCGAUGAAUAUGCCCAUGGAUUACCACAACAUGCAGGCACCACCGAAUAUGGGUCAACAGCAGCAGCAGCAGCACCAUAUCAACUUGAUGCAAUCCUAUGGCUUCCAGCAUUUUGCUGGGGCCCCUGGAGCUGCUGAUAUUGCGGCUCACAUGCCCGACAAGAUGGAAGUGUGGGAUCACCACGAUAAACAUAUGCCCUGGACUAACUACACCACCAAUUGGUCGAACUGAUGUCUGGGGGAUCUUCAGCAGGAGGAUCUCUUCGAUAUCUGUCGUUCAACCAAAUGAAUCGAACAGCUAUGAGUGAGAACUAAUCCUAAAAUUGAAAGGAUGAAACAACAGUAACAACAGCAGCAACAGUGUAGCAGCAGGAGCAGCAGCAUCUACCUGAUAUUUCAAAACAAAUGCAAAGCAAGAAAAUAUUAAAUUGAAUUUCCAACGUUUCCCACACGCGGAUCCACUGCUUCAAAUCUUCAUUCAGUCAACGGAUCAAUCAUACAACGUCCUAAUUCAAUCGAAGAACUCAAACGAAGACUCAGGAUCUGAAACUUGGCUUUGUUAAUUAUUAUUUGUUUUUGAUUUCAAAUUAUUCUUUUUACUUCUUCCUUCCGGCCACUAUUAAAAUUCGCAGGUUAUCUACAAUUUGGUAAUACGAUCAUCAGGCAGAAAAAUGGAGAUAGAAAAUAGAAAAACAAAACGUUGUGCAUAAAUGAAAAAGAAGGAAAAUACUAUUCAAAAAAGGCACCCAAAAUGGGCGCAAUAUACUUUAUUUAUUUUUUUAAUGUACGAGCUAUUUUGAUCAUUUUUGAAACAAAGCAUGAAGUUAGCCUACAACUUAGCGGAACCCCAGCCCAUGGCUAUAUCAUUUUGUAUGAUGAGAACACAUUUGAGAAAGAUAUUUUGAAAGCUUCAAACACACAUACCCACAUCCAAAACAUACAAAAACCACAAUUUAAUUUUAAGCUUAACUUAGAAAAGUCGGUCUUAUGAAUGAAAGAUUUAAGUGAAUUUUUUUAGCGCCAGCUAAAGCACACACACACACACAACAUAUAUUACACUUAUACAUAAAUACAUCUAUCUAUACAUAUUUAAUAACAUUAAUAAAAGCAACAAAUGAAUGCCGAAAUUUGUACAUUUUAGGCGCGCACUUUUCUAUCUCCCCAAACAUUCUCUCCACCCAUAAAACACACUCAAAGAACCUCCUUCAUUUGAAAGAAGCAGACGAGACGAAGCGAAAACGGAAACUGAAUAACGGAACACGAAAACAUCACUGAAACGGAAACGAAAGAUGGAAAUUACUUAACUUUCUACUUACCACAUAUACAUACCAUUAACUACACGCUAACUAACAGUUACAGAUAUACAGAUACUAUAUUUGAAUGAUACUUGAAAUGAUGCAUAAAUGCUGCAUGGAGUGGAGUGUUCUCUCCUCGUAGUAUUCCAGAUAAAAACCAGAAAAACGGUUUAGUGGUUAGGUUUUAUCAGUUUUGUGUUUAUCAAUGAUUUCUUGGUCGGUUUUGAGCUCGAGACACCGCCACCACCACCACCACCACCACUACCACUACCAUCCCAAAAGAACACACACCUAAAAAUGUAGCUAGUAGAAAUUGAAAUUGCUUAAAUAACUUAAGUAAGAGAACACAAAUGAAAAGAAAAGAAAACAUUUAAUAUUCCAUUUACGAAAAGAAAACUAAAAUCGAGAUAAAACGAUGUAACGGCGCUUGCUUGCCAUCUUUGAUGCUUUUCCAACACUGCUCAUAGACGUACAUACUAUAUAUACAUACAUAUAUAUACACUAGCGAAUAGCAUACGAAAUACACAAAACAAAACAUAAACAUUUUUAUUUCAAAGAAAGCGAAAACAGAAACUGAAAAAAAUGAUGUAAAAACACUUGAUGAAGAACAAUUUACUUUCCUCGCUCCCCUGGAUGAUCCUGGAUGGCAUCAUCCACUGGGAAAUGUGUGGGCGGGCAGGCAAUUUCCUUGUACAAUUCUUCUAGAGAAAGGAGUCGCAAUGCAAAUGCUUUGAAGAGGAUCGUUAUAUGAACAAUCCCUCCACGCAUGGAUAUAUACACACAAACACACACACACAAAUACACACUGAUCCGAUAUAUAACUUUAAAAACGAUGAUAAAAAUUGAAUGAAGAAUAAAAAAGGAUAAUAUAAGUGAGCAUGAAACUACACUUUUUGUCGUAUUUUUUGUUUGUUUGUUUCAAACAAUGUUUUAGCUGCAAGCAAAAUAAUGUAAUGAGAAUGGAAAUCGUUCGUUUAAGUUAUUUGAUACAACCGAAUACGAGAAAUAAAUAGCCGCAAAUGCUAUACAACA